AUGCAGAGCGUUUACAUGGAAAAGUUCAACUUUCUGAGGAAUGGCCUGUCAAAAGGAUCGGACAUACUCAGUGUUGGCAAAUGUAGGACUCUCUACGACAUCUUCACGGCGUUCAUCGUGUCCUCUUGCGCUACCACCAUCAAUCCAUUGAAUUCUUUUUGGUUUUGCUUGGGAUCAGCACUCGUCCUUUUCAUCCCUAGUAUGAUCUCCGGAUUGUGGCUGGGGGCGCUCAUAACCAGACAAUAUGGAGGAGUCUUGGACACGUACAGUAUAAGGUACAGUAAAUACCCAGAUCUUAUGCCAUCCACAACAAAUAAUGCCUCUUCAUUGCAUUAUACCAAAUCUGACCUAUCGGGGAAAAAAACAUCAGCUCAACGCUCACGUGACUCGGUUACGAGAAAGUCAACUCUACAUAGUUUAAAAUCAAAAACGGAGUUGUCACCCAGUACCAAAUCUGAUACUGUAUCUCCUUCAAGUAGAGAAUCGGAUGCAGAUUUAUUACCCAGUACGAAAUCUAAAACCAUUUCUUCUCCUUACAGUAAAGGUUCCGUAACAAAGACUUUUACUAGUUCGGUGCAGAACGUCACAAAGGAUAAAGAUAAAUCAAAGAGAAAGAAAUAA